UAGUUCCGGUGCUCUCACGCCAUCCGCUUGGUUUGAUGCGGUGGAGGAUCAAUGGCAGCCUCGGUUUGACCCAGGGAGAGACCAUUGUAGACGGGUUUGGCCGAUAAUUCGAGCUGGUUUCCUCGCGUGUCAUCGUAGGUAUUUCCCCGCAUCUGCUUCCCUCCCGCACUGUUUUCACGCACUGACCUGCAGGAAGCGGCCUCUACCUAGUCUUGUUUAUAGUAACGAACAGCCCAGGGCAGGGGAGCGGGCCCGGCCGCUUGCCGUUUUUUGGCCAUUGGUGUUCUCGGUGGUGUCUUAAAUCGCCCCUUCGGCUGCUCAGAGAUCAUGAACCACAUUCAACAAUGACAUCCAGAUUCGGUAAAACCUACAGUCGCAGGGGAGGGGAGGGCACCUCCAAGUUUGACGAGGUUCUGUCCACCAAGAGAGGCACCCUCAGUACCAAAUGGGGCGCCACCACUUACAAAGCCAAGGUGGGCUCCAAGCGAGCCGGGGCCCCCAAGAACGACUCUUUCCUGGAGGUCUCUAAAAGGUCCCGGCCCUCCAAAGGGGACUCGGAAGACCCUUUCGGGUUCGACAGCGAUGAGGAAUCCAAACCGGUGUCAUCACGAGUGGCCAGCAAGUCAUCGCCAGGCAAACCAGCUUUUGGGGAGCCCCCGCAAGCAGAGAGGCCAAGCGUUUUUCUCGACACGGGAAGCAAAUCCAGCUUCCUGGGAUCAUCACGCAUUACACAGUCUGAUCAGGGAGUGUGGUGGGGGUCUACCGACACAGGCCAGCCGGACAUUGUGAUGGAAGACACCCCUCGGUUUGGGACCACCGGCAGCAGCACGAGCACAGGAAAAUCCAGACAGGGCUCAUCUUCAUCAGACAACCAGCACAGUUACUCAUGGUACCAAAAUGCCUCUGAGAGCGACAGGAAGCCCUUGGCCCAGACCACCACCCUGAGGACGGGCUCCAAGACGGAGCCCAGUUGUGAGUCCUGGGACGUUAUCAUGGGUCUGCGUCCACCGUCGCCUAACCAGGAGCCUCGCAAACCUGCCCCCACACUCUCCUGGGCUUCAGCAGGCAUCUCAGUGGAGAAUCUGCAGCCUUCUUCACACUUCAGCAGCCCGAGUGAAAGAUGCGACGUGGUGAGGGAGUCUGAUGUGUUGGAGGUGUCAGAUGUCUCCCAGAUGUCCUCGUUGUCUCUUGAAAGAAAUUUGAACUGUCGGACUUACCGGAGGCCUAACAAGCAGUGCUCUGGCAGAGUCUCAGAGUCCAGCUGCUUCUCUGGCUCUGGUUUGGGCUCAGAUCUUCCCAAAGCCAUAGCAGAGGACUGUAACACCAGAGCAGCAGGUGGUGCCGGCAGUCGGAGCAGGACAAGGGACUCCACGGUGCUGCACCCGUCCUCUGUUUCCGUGUGCAACGUCACCAUCCAGUCCAACGCGGCUGAAGAGUUGAACAGCGACGCAGCGCCUACUAGCGGUGGCGACACGGCUGCCUCUGAGGGCACCGUGCAGCAUGGGGGACCGGGAUGGCAGCGCAAAAAGGUGGAAACGCAAAACUCAAGGUUCAGGCAGACCAAGUCCAAGAAGGAGGAAACACAGGACCUGUUUGGUUUUGACCAAGAGGAGAACAGCUCUACCAGAACAGACGGCAGCUCUACUUACAAAAUCAAAUACUUUGGCUUUGAUGACAUGAGUGACAGCGAUGGCGCCGAAGACGACAACGUGCACAGCUCCAAACCCAGACAAAGGGCCAAAAUAAGCGACGUGUCUGCAGUUCCCCUCUUGGGUCCUGUGGACGAAAGGUCUGCCGACAUCCCAGACCCCUUUGAGCGGCUGCAGAGCCAGGAGAAGCCCCCCAUGAGGGAGAGCAAGAGGCACCCAGAGAAGCGGGGCGGCAGGAUAGCAGAUGCUCUGGACUUCUCGGACGAUAGCCUUCGGGUUCUGGCCGGCGGUCCCAGGAGGCCACCCCCCAGCAAACCACCAGAAAAGAACGCAGACUCUUUCCGAAGGAUCUUCAGUGCACAAAAGAAGUCUCCCACCAAAGCCGUGUACAACGCCAGACACUGGACUGUGGAGACUGAGGAGGAGCCCCCCCCGCCGUUCUUCUCCCGCUCACAUCCGGUUAACGCAUCCGUCACGGCCGGAGAGUCCAGCAAGGAACCGUCCACCUCCCAGAGAGACGAUGGUCUCUUCAAGGCUCCUCCCCCUCCACCCAAAGUCACCAAGUGUGUGAGCGUUCCUCUGGACCCCUGUCAGGACACGGUCACUGCACUGAAGUGCCACAAAGAACACAAGGAGCUGUACACGGUGGUCCAGCAUGUGAAGCACUUUAAUGACGUGGUGGAGUUUGGAGAAAACCAGGAGUUCACUGAUGACUUUGAGUACCUCGCCACCGGACUGAAGAGUGGGCAGCCCCUCAACACCCGCUGCCUCAGUGUGAUCAGCCUGGCCUCUCGAUGCGCCAUGCCCAGCUUCAGGAUGCACCUCAGGGCUCGAGGGAAGGUGGCCCAGGUCUUCAAAACCCUGAACGAUGCCCCGCAGCAGCCGAACUUGGCCUUGUGCACGGCUGCCCUAAUGUACAUCCUAAGUCGAGAUCGGCUCAACAUGGAUCUGGACCGGUCUUGUCUGGACCUGAUGAUCCGGCUGCUGGAGCUGGACCAGGAUCAGGGGGGUGGGGCUGACUCCAGCGUUCAGUUCAGCGCUAGAGAGUUGGCCAAGAUAAAGGAGAAAAUCAGGAAGCUGUGUGACACGGUGCACAACAAGCACCUGGACCUGCAGAACAUUACGACGGGUCAUUUGGCCAUGGAGACGCUCCUGUCGUUGACCUCAAAGCGAGCGGGGGACUGGUUCAAAGAGGAGCUGCGCCUGCUGGGAGGCCUGGACCACAUCGUAGAUAAAGUGAAGGAAUGUGUGGAAAACCUGGACCAGGAGCACCAGGAGGAGAAGCUAGUGACAUCGUUGUGGGGGGCUGAGAGGUGUCUGCGAGUGCUGGACAGCGUAACCGCACACAAUCCAGAGAACCAGAGCUACCUGAUAGCCUACAAGGACUCCUCGCUCAUCGUUUCUGCUGCAAAGGCGCUGCGCCACUGCGAGCACAUGAUCCAGCGCUACAGCAGGGAGCUGAGCUCGGACGGAGCGGCGAUGGGGAAGGCGGUGGAGAACUGCAUGAGGGCCAUCAUCGGAGUCCUGCUCAACCUGACACAUGACAACGAGUGGGGCAGCACCAAGACUGGAGAGCAGCAGGACCUGAUCUCCACGGCUUUGAACUGCGUCCUCAGAGUGCCCCAGUAUCUUCCUCAGGAGCAGAGGUUCGACGUCAGAGUGCUGGGUCUGGGUCUGCUCAUCAACCUGGUGGAGUACAGCGCCAGGAACCGCUACUGCCUGAUGGAGAUGGAGAUGGAGGAGGGUCAGGGUCCCUGCGACUCCACCGUGCUGCUCGCCCCACAGCCCCAGCACGUCGCCAGCACCGGCCCGCUGAGCGCCAUCGCUGCUCUGGUGCAGCUCUUCAUUCAGCGGGAGCAGGCUGCCAUUCUGGCAGAGGCGCAGACCGAUGACCUCAUCAAAGAGGCUCCAAAGCCGGCCCUGGACCAGAGUGGCGAGUGGCAGGAGACGGGCGGGGAGAUCCAGUGGGUGGCCAAUGAUUCAGACUCCAACAGACAGGAGGACAGUAUUAAAAAGAAGGAGGAGGAGGACGAGCCGCUGGACCUGAAUAAAGCUCUUCAACAUGCAGGAAAGCACAUGGAGGACAGCAUUGUGGCCUCCUACACCGCACUGCUGCUGGGUUGCCUCUGCCAGGGGAGCCCGAUGAAUGUGACUACUGUGAGGGAGAACCUGCCCAGAGGCGACUUCUCCAUCAUGACGGAGAUGCUGAAGAAGUUCCUCAACUUCAUGAACCUCACGUGUGACGUCGGCACGGCCGGACAGAAGUCCAUCUCCAGGAUCAUCGACUAUCUGGAGCAUUGCUGAGGCCCCCCCUCACCAGCUGCUGGGCUUUGACGUUAACGUUGCUCAAACGAGUCCAUGUUGAAGUUCUGACCCUCUCUAGCCCCCACACCUCCAUCCUUAAACUUUCCCCCUUUCAAAGAAUUCCAGUGUUCCAGUUUUUCUUCCAGCGUCGAGGCGGAAGGCUUUAACCGAAAGGAUUGGACUACAUUUCCCAUCAUACCUCUGAGGCAUCUCACAACACUGCUGAGAAGGACCUUUUUUGUAUGAAAAGGUGCCCCCCCCCCCCCCCCCAGACACAGG